AUGUACAACGUAAUGAUUUUUGAUCAUCUACCAAGAAGUUUUAGUUUUCGAGGACAGGCACCUCAGAGCUUUCUCCUUUCUUGCUUCGAAAUUCCGUUUCACUGCGUUUGCCAAGAACUAAGAUUUUUACGGAUUUUAAUUGCCUCUGUACCAUUUCCAACUAGUCCUCCGCUCUUUCAAACAGGAGUUCCAAAUUCAUAAAUUUCUCAGGUCGCCAUGAAACUCACUUAUUUUAACUGUCGUGGACUCGGCGAAAUGAUUCGGCUCCUGUUGACCGAUAAGCAGAUUCCUUUCGAGGAUGAGCGGUUCGGUUACGCAGAUUGGCCCUCCUACAAGCCAAAAAUGGUUUCACAGAGUUUUAUCAAACUUUGAAACAAAAAAAAAUGUUUAGCAAUUCGGCCAAGUUCCUUGCCUCUAUGUCGAGGACGAGCAAAUCGUUCAAACCGGAGCUAUCAUGCGUCAUUUGGGCCGUGCUUAUGGUUUUUAGAAUCUCAACAUGAAUUCAAAAAAGUUCUCCAAAAGGUCUCAACGGUCACAAUGAGCAAGAGACCACGUUCAUCGACAUGUUCUUCGAGGGAAUCCGCGACUUGCACACAAAAUACGCACAUCUCAUCUAUGGAGACUUUGUGCGUCUAGAAAAGAAAUGAUUCUAGUGGUUUUUUUGCUCUAGGAGAAUGGAAAGGAGCCCUUCAUCAAGGACGUGCUUCCCGUUGAGCUUGAAAAGCUGGAGAAGCUUUUCAAGACCUACAGCAACGGCGAGUUGUUCAUCGCCGGCCCCAAGGUUUGUCAAGAAGUCGGUAUAGAAUAAGAGUAUACAAAUUAAUUUUAAGGAGAGCUACGCCGAUUACGCUCUUUUCGAAGAGCUCGACGUUCUUCUCGUUCUGAGUCACUCGGCUCUUGAUCACUUCCCAGCUCUCAAGAGCUUCCAUGAGCGAUUUUCUCAGAGAUCUAAUCUUAAGGUUUGAUUCUAGAAAUAAAAUUAUACAAAAAGAUCAUGAGUUGAACUCACUGAUACGAACACCUAUACCCCUGUAAUAAAAAAACAAUUUUUUAAAAAAAUCCAGAAUUUUUGCAAAAUUGGUGAUAUCAUAUGGUUCUAGUGAUUUCCCCCGCUCGUUAGGAUGAGAAAAAGAUUGAAUAUCCUUUUAUUGGAUUAAAGUUGUCACUACAAGUUCUACACCUGAACACCUUGAGUACCUAUUUUUAAGCUUCUAAGGGUCCAAGUAACGAAAACCAUAAAACUUCAAUGCAUCGGCUCGUUUUAUUUUCGCUAUUCGUUCCAAGACCAUUUCUUUCAGGUCUACCUGUCCAAACGGGCUGCUCUGAACGUGCCAAUCAACGGCAACGGAAAAACAAUAGAAAAAAAGAAACUUUGA